AAGAAAGAGUCGAAUAAGCCCGUGGAAGAAACAUGGCGGAUAAAGACGGUGUUCGAGAGUCUGAGGAAGGUGGGGAGAACAAGUCCACCUCGAACUCUGAAAAGCCAAGGAAACAUGAUAGUGGUGCAGCAGAUCUGGAAAGAGUCACCGAUUAUGCGGAGGAUAAGGAAAUUUCCUCUGAUGACAUCCAGGGGGCAAUGACCCUGAUUGGUGAUAGGAGAGCCCAGGAGUAUCAGCAAAAGGUAGCCCGAGAGAAGGAACUGGCAAAAGUGUCCAUCAAAAAGGAGGAUGUUGUACUCAUUAUGCAAGAAUUUGAAGUGACACGAGCCAAGGCAGAGAGGACAUUACGGGAACAUCGAGGAAACAUCAUAGAAGCACUGACUGCUCUCACUGAAUGACUCCUGCUUUGUUCUUAUCACUUGACCCACUGUGAUCUCCAUGAAUAUGAAAUUGUUACAUCUUGAAAA